AUAGGAUUGAGGGGCCUUUUUGUACCGAUCGGCACAGCAGCGUAACCCAUGGCCGUCGGCUUGAAUUCAUCAUGUGAGCAUAUCGCUGCGAUAAUCGAGAUCCCUUUCUAUGUUGAUUGUCAAGUCCCGCAGUACUAGUUAUGGUCCUCGUUUUUUGCAGUCGAAACAUCCUCCCAACGUCAUAACUGGUCAUUGAUAUUCUAAUCCAAGUAUCUAGAUCCGUAUUAUUCUUUCCAACCGUUCUGUCAUGAGACUGGGAGCCAGAGGGGCUGUUCGAACUAUGAAAUGGAAAACUACGUUGUUCCUCAGGCGUUUGGGCCCACACUUCUCAGAUUCUAUCCUCCAAAGUUUCUCCGCCACCCAACCCUUCGCAUCAUUCCGGCAUACGGAGCCUUGGGCCUGGGAAACCCGACGUCAGGGGUUCGAUAGACAAAUGGUGUAAAAUCGAGUCAACAAGGAGGUGGCGAACCAAACAGGGACAACCGGACGACUAAGGGGUGGUCCAGCACUGCGAAUCGUCGAUGUCGCUGCCGAGAAAA